CCAAGGAGUUGCCCACCACCACUGCUGCUUCCUUCUGAAGGUUUUUCAAUGCCUCAUCUGUGGAUCUUCGAUGUUCCAAGCCAGCGUUGCCUCUUGGACAGGUCAGUCGAGGACUGUCGAAGAGCCAUGGCGGUUGCUGCAUGCUCAUUCUUUUUUCUACUCCUUAUCCAAACGUCGGUUUCCUCCGCCUCUCUCGAUCGCCGGCGGACCAUUGUCGAAGUGGAAGGCGGGCCGGAUGGCGUGGUUUGGGUUGUGCAGCUCUCUGAUCUCCACUUCAGCGUAUUUCACUCCGAGAGGGCUGUUGAUUUCAAAAGGUUUAUCGGCCCGGCCCUCUCAAUGAUCAACCCCGCCCUCGUCCUCAUCACUGGCGACCUCACGGAUGGAAAAAGCAAAGAUUUGUUAACCAUGAAGCAAGAGGAAGCAGAAUGGAUAGAAUACCAAAAUGUGACUGAGGAUGUAAUCAUGAGGAGUGGUUUGGAUAAGAAAGUUUUCUAUGAUGUCAGGGGAAAUCAUGAUAGCUUUGGUGUGCCAGAUUUUGGCGGUGAAUAUGACUUUUACAGCAAGUAUAGUAUCAAUGCACGACUAAAACGAGAUGGAAAUGUUCAAAGUGUCACUUUACAGUACAAGGGAUGGAAACAUCUUUUUGUCGGAGUUGAUAGUUUCAUGGAGAUCGGUCUUCGUGGUCCCACAAAUUUAUUUGGGCAUCUAACUGACGAGCUGCUAUCUGAUUUAGACAAGGAACUUGGUCAGUGGGAUGCUCGAUCCACAGAGUCUAUAACAAAAAUUUCAUUUGGGCAUUUUCCCUUGUCAUUUACAGCAACAACUGUCACGGGGAAAAAUAUCAAGGAUGUGUUCCUUAAGCAUUCAUUAUCAGCUUACCUUUGUGGUCAUCUCCACACCAGGUUUGGCAAGAACCUAAAGCGCCAUCAUGUUGAAUCAACAGGGACAUAUUAUCAGUUAAACAUGCACCAAGGGAACCCUAGUUAUAAGAAUAAUGAAAAUUGUUCAGCAAAUGCUGAAUUCUCUAAAGAGUUUUGGGAGUGGGAGAUAGGUGAUUGGAGAAGAAGCAGAAGCAUGAGGAUUGUUGCCAUUGAUUCUGGUCAUGUUUCUUUUUUAGAUCUAGAUUAUCAUCUGGGAUCGAAGGACACAAUCAUCUUACCUACAUUUCCUUUGGAUUCGAGGUUUAUGCACAGAAUUUCAUCUCCUCGUGAUUUCCAAUGUCUAUCAAAAGAAAUUUCAUCCUUUGAAACAGUAAGAACUCUAAUUUUUUCAAGAAGAGUGAUCGUUUCCGUUUCAUUGAAAAUAUACGACUCCAGGUCUGGUCACUUUCAUUUGGUACUAGAUCAAGAGAUGAUAAAGCUAAAAGCUAAUGAAACUAGGGGUGACAUGUAUGUGGCUCCAUGGAAUUGGAGAGCUUUUAUAGAUCCAUCUCCAGACCGUUUUUUACUACAAAUUGUAGCAACUGACAUUUCAGGAAAAUAUACUUAUAGCCAGCCAAGGCCAUUCUCUAUCAAUGGCUUAACUGCAUAUGCCAAUUGGAACUGGAAGGAAUUUUUUGUAUUGGGUGUUCAAUGGGCUGCUCUAUAUCAACCCCUUUUGCAUUUUUUGCUUACACUUCUCUUCACACUGCUUCUUAUCCCACAAACUUUUCUCAUUUUCUCCAAGAAUCAUACUACCUACAACAACAAUAACCGUGCCGGCAGUGAAGAGAAGAGCUUCUCUGCAUGUUUCGUUGAUACUGGAAUUUUUGUUUUGGUGGAGCUUUGCCGGAUGACGGAAAUAUGGUGGGGAAUUCUUUUAUAUCUACUGUACCUGGUGUUUUUUCCUUGGUUCUUUGGUCAUGUGUCCACUGAGGAUGGAAAGUUGUCCUACAUGACCCAAAGAGGGUGGUCCGUUUCACCUUCGAAGAGUGGAAGUCAAAACGUUUAUAUUGGUGUGCCAGAUAUUAUGGUUAUUGUUUUGCCUCACCUUGGUUUUGUAGUUUUACCGACUGUUCUUGUCUUAGGUGCUAUAGUUGCAGAAGCAAGAGCAUACCGUGCACAUUUACAUUCACUUUCAGGUAAGAAAGAAGAUGAUCAUUACAAAGAAAGAAAGAGAUAUGUCAAAUUUCGAAGCUUUUCUGAUGCAUUUGGAAUUUGGAGUAGGCGUUGGAUUAGGAAGUUAUUAUUUAUCAUUUGUCUGCUGAUAUUGUGGAAACACUGGAAGCAAUGCAGAGCCCUGGUGAAGGCAUAUGACAUGAACCCAUUUGUUCACUCCCCUGUUUAUUGCUUCUGGAUUCCACUGUCGUUGGCCUACACAAUUUACAGAACAUCCGCUCAUGUUAAAUAAACAUCAUUUAUAGCUUCGCAUGAGUUCAAGAGUCUGAAUGAUCACAAAGAAAAAGCUUGCUUCAUAGUUGAGUUUAUCCACCUUUUGGUCUCACUUGGAAGAAAAGCACAUCUUGUUUUCCGAGGGUUACGCAUUUGAAAACCCCUGAUCUGAAAAUAUGACUUUGUUAUUGAAACACCAACAUCAAAGCAGAAGAGGUCAGGUUCUCACUAUUUACAUAUUGAUGUGAUUUUAUUGUGAAAAUAAGAUCCUUUCUAUACAGAAAAAGUUUUUUUGCAUGUAGUGUUGUAAGCUGUUUUGAAUCUAUUAAUAGGGCAUUUACAUGCAUCCCACCCAAUUCCUAU